CUAGUCUGGUCAGGGAAACUUACGAAAUUCAAAACAACUUCCAAACUGAAGCUACGUAGAUAGACAAAGAGUACAAGCUGAUUUGUCUGGCUGGAAGGGUUUUGGGACAAUUGUAACAACGAACAUUUCUCCCAAUAUGAACAAGUACUCGGCCAGGGUCACCAAAGCGGUUAAGAGCAUGGCGAGCUCAUGCCUGGAUGAUGGUCAUGACAACGACUUGAGGUUUGAAGAAACAUUGGAUCUUGAAUUCACUGUCAACAACUUGGACGUCAAAGUUCCAGUCAAAUCCUUGGAUCCAACCCUGAGCCUGGCCAGAUUUCUCCGGGACCAUCUCCAUUUGACCGGGACGAAGAUAAGUUGCGGUCAGGGUGGGUGUGGAUCUUGCAUCGUAACCGCAGUCAUACCCGGAUCUAGCAUUAAAGCAGUCAACACGUGUUUAACUCCCGUGUUCAGUUGUCAAGGAUGGAAGAUCACUACGGUCGAAGGGUUGGGAUCGAAAAGGGCCGGACUUCAUCCUGUCCAACAAAGAUUGGCGUCAUUUCAUGGAACACAAUGCGGUUUUUGCAGCCCUGGCAUGGUCAUGAGUAUGAACAGUUUGAGAGAAUCUCUGGAAACAGAGCCCUCUUUAAAAGACAUCGAAAAUAUUUUGGAUGGAAAUAUUUGCCGGUGCACUGGAUAUCGGCCAAUUUUGGACGCUUUUAAGUCUUUUGCCUCGGAUGCUCCUGAGCAUCUAAAGAAGAAAGUGUCUGACAUUGAGGACUUGAUCUCUCAAAAUGGGAAGGUCUGUCCAACGACGAAAAAGCCCUGUUCGGAAUCCUGUUCUGCAGAUAAAGUGGCCCGAUGCUUUUCGGUGAAUGAUCAAGCCCAAUGGUUCGCUCCCAAAUCGGCGGGUGAGCUAUUGAAGCUUUUGAGGUCGGUUCCGGACCCCCAAAGAGUCAAAUUGGUGGCUGGCAAUACUGGGACGGGCAUAUACCCGGAUGAGGGCAAAAUUGAUGUAUACAUCGACAUCAACAGAAUACAAAUUGAUCAAGUAUCGUCUAAAUCCCCGUUGACGGUGGGCGCUGGAAUGACGUUGACCAAGUUCAAGGAUCUCAUGGAGGACCUCGGGAAAUCCGAUUCCAAAUGGAAGUAUGGCACGGAAAUGGCCAAACAUUUGCAAAAGGUUGCCAAUGUUGGGGUACGAAACCGCGGCACGAUGGCUGGAAAUCUGAUGUUGAAGCACAAGAAUCGCAGUUUUCCUUCGGAUCUUUUCAUUCUCUUGGAAGGUGUGGGAGCCAAACUAAUCGUUACCGAUUCAAAUGGGGCUACCUCCAAGCUCUCUCUCCAGGAUUGGUUGGAGGUUUCUAUGGAGCAGAAACUCGUGAAUAGCAUUGAAUUUCCCGGUUUGGAGCUGAAUCAUAUAUUCAGGACGUUUAAUAUUGCUCCCAGAAGUCAAAACGCCCACACCUACGUGAGCGGGGCGUUUUUGGCCAAGAUCAAUCCGCAAACCAUGGUUAUUGAGGAAACACCAAGGUUUGUGUUUACAGGGAUAUCUCCUACUUUUCUCCAUGCCACAAAAACGGAGACUUUGAUGAAGAGUAUGAACGUCGAUAGCCAGGACAAUUUGAACAAGAUUAUGGCUUCUUUGGAUGAAGAAGUAAUUCCAGAUGAUAACCCCGUCAAUACGUCUCCCCAAUACAGGAAGCAGUUGGCACAAUCCCUCGUGUAUAAGUUCGUGCUCUCGAUUCUGGGAGAUCAUGCUCGUCCAGAGCUUCGAAGUGGGGCCACCCAGGUGAUCCGAGGGGUAUCCAAAGGAGGUCAGCAUUAUGAGACAGAUCCCGAGUUGUACCCAAUCAAUAAGCCCAUACGGAAACUGGAAGGAGAUAUUCAAUGCUCGGGUGAAGCCGAAUAUGUGGAUGAUAUCCCGCAAUUGCCUUACGAACUCCAUGGAGCAUUCGUGAUUUCGAAUGUGGCUAAUUGCGAACUGCUUCAGGUGAACCCGAGUGAUGCCCUAGCCACUCCUGGUGUUAAAUCAUUUUUAGAUCACACAAACAUCCCUGGAGAGAACAAUUGGGCUUUAGGAAAGUUUCGGGACGAGAUCUUUUCCAGUGGGAAGAUUCACUUCGCCGGCCAAGCCAUCGGUUUGAUAGUGGCUGAGUCGCCAGAUUUGGCCUUGAAGGCAGCUAAACUGGUGAAGGUCACGUACAAAAACAAGAAGAAGCCGAUAUUGACGAUCCAGGAAGCCAUCCAAAAGGAGGGUCAUCUCAGCCAAGAUCCUUCCGUUCAUGGAUCUGAGACCAUCGUUGAAAAUGGAGAUGCCCUCGCCAAUGAUUCUGAAGUUAAACAACAAGCUGAGACUAUUAAAAUGAUAUCGGGCGAAUUUGAAAUUGGAUCCCAAUAUCAUUUCCAUCUCGAAACUCAAACCUGUUUGGUGCGCCCCAUUGAAGAGGGUCAAUUCGAGGUGCAUUGCUCGACUCAAUGGAUUGAUAAAUCUCAAGAGGUCAUUGCUCGAGCUUUAGGAAUUACUUUGAAUAUGGUGGACAUGAAGGUGCGUCGCCUUGGUGGGGCCUAUGGUGGCAAGAUCGAAAAAUGUAAUCUGAGCGCCGCUGCUUGCGCCAUAGCCGCUAAUAAGCUGAAUGUGCCCGUGAGAAUCGUGUUGGAUAUCAAGACCAACAUGGCUAUGUUAGGCAAAAGGUUGCCAUACUAUGCCAAAUAUAAAGUGGCGGUAACGCCAAAGGGAGCGCUCAAAUCGGUUGGAAUCAAGAUGUAUUGCGACUGCGGUGACAAUUUCAAUUCACCCACCGUGGACAUGGCCAAAGUGUUCUCUCAGAAUUGUUACCACUCCGAGAAAUGGAGAGUGAGUCCCAAUGCUGUUCUCACGAAUACCCCGUCAAACACGUACGUUCGAGCCCCAGGAACCACACAAGGUCAUGCAAUAAUGGAAACGAUAAUGGAACAUGUGGCUAUGGAAUUGGGAAUGGAUCCUCUGGAGCUUAGGUUAAAGAAUAUUCUAAAGAAAGGAGACAAACUUCUUGAGGGCGGAGAAUUUGAAGAUGACAUGAAUCCGGCCACAAUACUCAUCGAACAAGUUCAAAACUCGUCAAUGUUUCAAGAACGAAAAAUUACUAUCCAGCAAUACAACAAGGACAAUCAAUGGAAGAAGCGGGGAAUAUCUUUGAUCCCGGUGAGAUAUCGACACAAUUACUACGGGACCAGGUUUCACGUUCACAUGAGCAUAUUUGAUGGUGACGGCACGGUUGCCUUAUCUCAUGGGGGCAUUGAGAUGGGCCAAGGUCUCAACACAAAAGUGGCACAAGUUGUUGCCAAAGAGUUUGGCAUCGGUCUCGACAUGAUCAAAGUUAAACCAUCCACGAAUUUGAUUGCUCCCAAUAACUCUUGCACCGGUGGAAGCAUGGGCUCGGAAUGUUGUGCAUCGGCUGCGGAAUUGGCCUGUCGCGAGUUAAAAGGCCGUAUGAAAAAGGUCAAAGAUUUAUUGCCAUCGGAAACGCCGUGGGUGGAUUUGGUAAAAGCUUGCUCUCGCCAGGCCAUUGAUAUGACUGCUCGUCACAUGGGCCACACUGGCAAUGAUAAGCUCCAGGGUUACGACAUUUGGGCCGCAGCCGUGACCGAGGUGGAAUUGGAUGUUCUCACGGGAGAGAUGAAUAUACGCCGAGCCGAUUUGGUUGAGGACACGGGUUCGAGCAUCAGCCCCGAAGUGGAUGUGGGUCAGGUUGAAGGUGGAUAUGUCAUGGGUCUGGGCAUGUGGACAACGGAGAAAAUCAAACACGAUCCCAUCACUGGGCAGCUACUAACAAAUGAUACUUGGGAAUAUAAGCCUCCGUCAAGCCAAGACAUUCCGGAAGAUUUAAGAACAACCUUCUACAACAGUAAGCGGAAUCCAUUUGGUGUUUUGGGAUCAAAGGCCACUGGAGAGCCUUGUGUUCUUAUGGGAGUGGGAGUUAUGUUUGCAAUCCGAGAUGCCAUCAAUGCUGUAAAAAGGGAUUUGGGUGCCGAUUUAAAGACAUGGUAUCGAAUGGAUGCUCCAGCUACUGUGGAUAACAUUCAGACCACCACUGGAGUCAGAAGCCAACACUUUAAAGUAUAAACUGCAAAUUCUAAUUGGAAAAUACAGACCAAGCACGUCACACGACAUAGUGUGGGGUUUGUUAUGUGCUA